AUGCCUUUAAAAAAAGCUCGUCUAUUCCUAAUUUGUGACAAGGAGGGGUUCGUAUGGAUUCCAGUGUUAAGAAAUGAAUGGGAAAUAAAAUAUCUUUUUUGUGAUGAUGAGAAAUUGAAAAAAUGCUAUGUAGACACAUUUGGCCUGCACGAGACAGAGACGAAUACACAUGAUAAUGUUUUAAAAUUUAUAGAAAAUCAAAAUUUUGAAAAUGUAGACUUGUUAUUUUUAGCCAUAUCUACAACGAAGUUGCAUGAGCUUAUUUUGGAGUAUGUAAUAAAUAAAAAAAAGUUUUACUAUAUAUUUAGUUCUAACAUACCGACAUUAAAUAUUCAAAAAUUAGAAAAAUUAAAAAGAUUGAUAAAUAAUUUUAAUAUGAAUACCAAUAUAGUAUAUGACGUUAAGGAAGAAUUUAAACAUAUUAAUAGACAAUUCUAUUGGAAUAUCUUUAACCCAUUAAUAAAUGAGCGAGUUUUUUACAGUCUUAAAAAUAUACUUAACGAGUUAGGAGGGCAUAUACAUGCGGUACAAAUAGAAUCCACGUUUAUUCCAUUUUUAACCGAAAAUGAGGGAGUAGAAAAUGCCCUAUUUUACAGAACUGUUCUAAUAAUCUCGUUAAUUGAAUUUUUAUUUGGAAAACCAAAGAGUGUUUCAGCUAAAUGCUAUUCUUUAAAAAGUGAAAAUGUCACAAUUAAGUCCAUUGUUGGUAGUGCACUCUUCGCCUCCUUAAAUUGCCACUUUAAUAUUUCCGUUAAUUCGUGUAAUAAAAUAUUUGACUUUAAAGUCUACGGAGAUGACGGGUUUGUCGAUGUCUCUUACAACACGGAGCACAACUGUUUCCAACUAGUGCGAUGUCUGAAUCAUUACGAAUAUCCCAGUCUGUUCGUUGAAGGAUCUCAUGAAAGCGCUUUAAAUGAACUAAAAUACUUUAUCGAUGAAAAACUUUAUACAAAUAAGUAUAUUAACGUAUACAACAGUGCUGUGCAUACAGCUCUAGGUUUGUGGAGGAGCAAUGGGGAAAAUGUUUCUCUAGAAAACAAAGAGAGCGAUGAAUGUGAUAAUUUAAAAGCGAAAAUAAAAAUAGAAGCAGUGAAAGACUGUAUCACUGCAUGA